AUGUCCUCCACCGCUUUUGUGGAAAUUGCGGUCCAUCCGGACCUCAAGACCUCGACAGUGGUUCUCCCCCACUCAAUCAACAAAACUCUCAAACGGCACUCGCUUUCAAACGCCGACUUCCCCCAAGUUCAGCCUCUUGAAUUUGAACAACAUCUCGCGGUCGGCGGAGCUCUGGUGGAUCUCAAGGCCCAAUCGGCCAUCUUCAACACCGUCUCGUAUCAAGUGGUUGCCGACGGCUACAGAAUCACGCUCACGCCGCUCAUCUUGAACAAUCCGUUGGACCUGACGUUCAAGUCUCUGUGUUUUGUUCUUCCUCAAAAAGCCCUACCUAACUGCGUUAGUGUCACAGAUGCCGGGGCGGCAGUCUCAGUCAACAUUCUCACGGCGGGAAACCUGCUUAUUUCGAUGAACCUGCCGCUGGAGUCGUUUCUGUCCCAGGAAACACUCUCUCCUGUGACCUUUUACAACUGGUGCCAAUACAGCAUGCCGUACUCGUUCGACGUGCGGGCUCCUUUGUUUAUGCGGUCGAUCGACCCGAAAACGAUCAUUGUGGCUCUUCAGGAUGGUGGCCUGCUCAAAAUGUCCAAGGAAAACAUGGAGGACAACUUCCUGGUGGUUCCAUUUAGCGACACGUCCUACUUCAACCAGUUCAGACUUCCCUUUUUCGGCUCUAAGCGCAAGGACCAGACGGAGACGGUGGUUAUAGAUAACCAGCAAGUGGCGGUUGGAGCAGCCCUGGACUUUGUUGUGCUGGAAAACAAGCUGAUCACUCUGAGUAUUGAUAAAAGCAUCAGGUUCUGGUCGCUCGAGACAGGUGCUAUGGAGAAAGAACAGACACUUAACGAAUUCCUACCUCAGGUACUGCAUCCGGCGUACCUCAAUAACCCGCCAACGCGCCUACUGGGACUGGUGGGAAGAUACCUGGCGGUUGUCGUUCCUAUUGGGGAAACGUCCUUAAAACUAUUCUCUGUGGAGCAAGACGCAUCGCUCAUUCUACUGAACGAGUACGCCCCUCCCGAAGUGGAUAGAUGGGUGUUCCAGAGCAUGGUCUUAUCCAAAGUGGAACAGAAUCUCCAGGUCAGUCUUCUGUUGUCUCUCCACGGAGCUAGAUAUAUUCUCUUGGGCCGGAUAGACGACAAACUCGAGAUGAGCUGGACUCGCUGUGCUCCGCCGCUUGCAAAUAACCUAACGCAGUCCAUUUCAUUUUUCGACGAUGUCAGCCUGCUGAACUCUCACUGUAUGCAGUUGCUACAGGUUUACGACGAGCGUGUUGUGGAAAAAGUGCUCUCUAUACUGGAGCAAAAGUACAACUUGGAAAGUGCUGCUCUACCGCUGCAGGAAAGGUUGCAACAUGUGAUUACACACGGUUUGGACCUACAAGAUCAUCUCAACAGUCUCAAGAAACAAUGGGUGAAAUUUGACAACGCUUGCAAAGAACUUUCCCGACAAUUGGAACCAUCUGUUGGGUUGGACCUCGUUGACGGCAUCCUGCUAAUCCAAAAAACUCACGGCUUGUCUGCGAUUGUGCCGUCCUCACCGUUUGCGCUCAUCAUCUACAAUGACACUCUUACAAACGAGGACUUGCAGUAUUCCAAUAUCAACGCCAGGGAUUUGCGCCCGCUGGCCAAGUAUGUGCUAUCUUUCGUCGCCAAGUUUCCUCAGGAAGUUGUGUUCAAAGUGACGCAACGUGUUUGCGACUGUCCAGAGGCUGCAGAGCCGCAGAUGAAUACUAUUUUCCAGGAAGAAUUGGCACCUUACGUAGACGAGACAAUGGUCACCGAACUGCUCACUGCUUUGAAUGCUUCAAAGGAUACUAUGCAGCUUUUUGAAUUCCUCAUCAGCCUCUCGACUCUGGACAACGCGGGCUACGUUCCUAUUAAGAAAGUCAGGUUUGGCAAUUUGGGCGGAACUUUACUGGUGUCGUCGCUGAAAAAUAAUCUGCUGCUGCAGAGAAAGCUGAUUCUUGGAUUACUUUUGAUCGUUCUCACUGUGGACGUCAAUCCGCAAAUGAUCAGGUACUACACGGAGCUGGCAAAACUGUACAGAUGCGUAGAGCUGUCCUUGCGGGUGCCGUCGCCUUUGCUGCUGGGGCAUUUGGAGGACGUUUUCGAGGGUGGAGUUAUGGUGAGAGCCAACAACCUCAACCAUUUGCUGACACACAUUUUUGGCCUUCUGCUGCAGAAUACGUUUGUUUACUCGAUCGUGGCAAAGCUCGUCAAGGACGAACGGUUCCAGGACGCACACUUGGUGAAAUAUCUUCCUGAAACUGGAAUUUCCAGCGUUUUGAAGGGACUGAUUUUGCUCAACACCAAGCAGGGAAAAGAAGCCUUUGAGCUGUUCACUACCCACGCAGACCAGAUCACACAGGCCGCAAAGACGGCUUCCGCAGCAGAGAAAAAAGCGUUGCAACCGGUGUCGGACUGUACCAACCUGAUCUUGGUGGACUCCAAAUCGGACUACUUCUACGACCUCAGCACUCUGUUCCAAUCGAAACAGUUCGACCAGCUGGCUCUCAAACUGGCAUUAAAAGCGCUUGCGACGAAAACAGAGCUCAAGGACGUUUCCGAUGACCAGGCGAUCUUGCUAAAGGUGUUCCAGCUGGCUCUCAAGCUGCAGGAAUUUGAGCUGGCCCACGACACGAUCCUGAAAAUGGAGAGAAAAUACAGAAAACACCCAAUCAAGCAGUUUGUGUACAAGCUAUUCCAGAUGAACCAGAUCCCCAAAAUCUUGGACUAUCCGUUUAAUGAGGACGCGGACAAGGUGGACGAUCUAAUUUACAGUCUGGGCGAGUCGAGCGCGCUGAACAGCGAUCUCAAAACAUCGCUCAAAUACUACCGCAUAUGCUACACCUUGCGCCUUAAACAGGGCGACUACAGAGCUGCCGUGGAGGCGCUGUACCGUUUCAACAGCAUUGGCCUGGAACUGAUGAAACAGAACAAAUUCAACGAUAUCAAGCUCAUUGGCGACAACUAUCUCACGAUCCUCAACCUGCUGUACACCCUGGAGGAGGACGACCGGUGGAUCAUCAAGAGACCAGUCCAGUUGGUACAUACGGCAGGCUUGCAGCCGGCCGAAGAACAGAAAAGCGAGCUGGUGUACUCUGCGGACUUGGAGAAGGAGUACCAAUCGCUGACGACGUAA